AUGGAUUGGCCAAUACAAUUUCAAAAGUUUUUCCAGAAUGAAAGGAGGAGAUGGCUCUUUGUAGUGGGUUUAGUGGGUAUUACUCAUUUGAUUUGUCAGUCCUUGUUGCUUCCAUAUGGAAAUGCUCUUCUCUCUAUGUUGCCUGAUGGUGAGGUUCCAAUAAGUGGGAAGGACAGUGUUUCAUCUAGACAAUCUUCUGCUAAGGCCGUUGUGGUGGUUACCAACUCCCUCACCCUUAAUGGUUCAGACGUGAUAGAUACAUCUCUAUCUGUUGGCCAAGGCAAAGAUGCAGUAAGUAGAGACUUAGAUGGAGACACUGAGGAUGAUAUGGGACCGGCAAGAAAUGAUAAUGACAAAGAGACUACAGUUGCUUCAGAUGGCGAAGACCUAGACAGCGAUCCAGACUUUGUUGAAGAUGAACAGAUAGACAACAAUAAUCUGUUUGAAGAUAUUGAAGAGUUGGGUGAGGGUUCUACAGCAGAGAAUGUUGAAAAUCAAAAGAAGGGUUUCAUAUUGGAAAAGGCUAGUGAAACUAAGUAUGGCCUCUCUCUGGAGCAGAUUGUGAAACCAAGUCAUGAGAAUUCCAUGGGCAAUAUUCAAGAUGCAAAUCCACUUAUACUGCCAGACAAAUUUACUGUACAAUCUUUGCCAGUUACAUUGCCUCCAGUAAUAUCUUCAGUUAAUAGAACAUUUAUGCAAACGUCUGCACCUAAUGUGAGCACCUCUAUUGUCUCUACUGUCAAUAACUCUUCAGUUAAGGAAGCAAUAGAAGUCCUUCAAGAUGAUGAGAACCAUGUGCUGUUGCAAAGCAACUUGGACACUUCAAAAAAUGAUUCUGCAACUGAAGCAAUAGAAGUCCUUCAAGAUGAUGAGAACCAUGUGCUGUUGCAAAGCGACUUGGACACUUCAAAAAAUGAUUCUGCAACUGUCAGUAGUCCCGUUAAAAAAAAGAUGAGGUGUCAAAUGCCACCCAAAUCAGUAACAACCAUAGAUGAGAUGAACCGUUUACUAGUUUGGCACCGUGCUCGUUCACGUGCAAUGAGACCAAGAUGGUCCUCAGUACAUGACCGAGAAAUCCUGACUGCAAAGUCACAGAUUGAGAAUGAUCCCAUCGUGAAGAUCAAUCGAGAACUUUAUGCUCCCCUCUUUCGGAAUGUUUCAAUGUUUAAAAGGAGCUAUGAACUCAUGGAACGCAUACUCAAAGUAUAUAUUUACAAGGAUGGAGAAAAACCCAUCUUUCAUCAACCAAUAAUGAAGGGACUCUAUGCCUCCGAGGGAUGGUUUAUGAAACUGAUGGAGGGAAAUAAGCGUUUUGUUGUGAAGGACCCCCGAAAGGCACACCUGUUUUAUAUGCCUUUUAGUUCACGGAUGCUACAGUACACCCUGUAUGUACAUAACUCUCACAAUCGGACCAACCUACGCCAAUAUCUCAAGAUUUAUUCAGAAAAGAUAGCAGCAAAAUAUCCUUUCUGGAACAGAACUGGUGGGGCAGAUCAUUUUCUUGUUGCUUGCCAUGAUUGGGCCCCAUAUGAAACAAGGCAUCAUAUGGAACAUUGCAUCAAAGCCCUCUGCAAUGCUGAUGUAACUGCAGGCUUCAAAAUAGGGAGAGAUGUGUCCCUUCCAGAAACAUACGUCCGUUCUGCCAGAAACCCUCUGAGAGACCUUGGAGGAAAGCCACCUUCUCAAAGGCAUAUUCUUGCCUUCUAUGCUGGUAACAUGCAUGGAUAUUUACGCCCGAUCUUGCUCAAGUAUUGGAAGGACAAGGACCCUGAUAUGAAGAUCUUUGGUGCAAUGCCUCCAGGUGUUGCAAGCAGAAUGAAUUACAUUCAUCAUAUGAAGAGCAGCAAGUACUGCAUCUGCCCCAAGGGUUACGAGGUCAACAGCCCGAGGGUGGUUGAAGCCAUCUUUUACGAGUGUGUACCUGUGAUCAUCUCUGACAAUUUUGUGCCACCAUUUUUCGAUGUCUUAAAUUGGGAUUCAUUCUCAAUCAUUAUCGCUGAGAAAGAUAUCCCUAACUUGAAAGACGUACUCAUUUCUCUACCGGAAGAGAAGUAUCUAGAAAUGCAAAGUGCAGUGAGGAAGGUUCAGCAGCAUUUUCUGUGGCAUGCCAAGCCCAUGAAGUAUGAUCUCUUUCACAUGACCCUGCAUUCAAUUUGGUACAAUAGAGUUAAUCAGAUAAAACUUAGAUGACAAUUGCCAUGGCUUUUUCGACAAGCAAAAUUUGGAGGACUGAAUCCAUUACAGCUGCUUUUCGAUUUCUCCUGGUCUGACUACCACUCCUUGGAUUUGAGAACAA